AUGACCCAUCCACAGCAGCCAGACGCGUUCGCCGCGUAUGGCUCCUACAAUGGCGGCAUGGGCAACCGAUCGCCAAACUCUACAAGGAACGGGUACUCUACUCUGCCCUCGGGCAUGGGCGCGAACCGCCAGCCUAGCCAGAGGCAGCAGCAGCAGCAACAGCAACAACAGAUGGAUGCCGCCAGCCAGCAGGGAGCCUCAAUGUACCCCAUGAUGGACCGGUACGGCAUCCUCGAUAGUAUUACACGUGGCCCCCCUCCAACGGUGUCUGGCAUGCCCGGAGAGUAUAUGGCAGGCAACCAGUCCGCAUGGAACUACAACGGCAGCGGCUCCUCAGCUACGGUCAACGGCCCAAUCCCUGAUGUCAGAUCUCGAUCGGUCAACAGGAGACCAGGCAUUCCAGAUUACUGGAUGCAACAACCUGACCCAACCAGUCAUCCCGGCAUCGGUCUUCAGGCCCCUAGCCAACCUGUCUACACUCCCCAGGGCGUCCCUUACGGCCAGGUGAUGAACGGCAUGGACCAGCUUCGAGCUCAGCCGCACAUGUUCUCCGAGGGCCGCCAGUCGCACCACGACAAGAAGGACGACCUGAUACCCACUGCCAUUGUCAUCAAGAACAUUCCCUUCAACGUCCGCAAGGAAGUCUUGCAGGCCAUCAUGAUGGAGAUGAACCUGCCACAGCCCUACGCCUUCAACUACCACUUCGACAACGGCGUGUUCCGUGGCCUCGCCUUUGCCAACUUCUCGAGUGCCGAUGAGACGAGACAGGUCAUCGACCGGAUGAACCAGCUGGAUGUGCAGGGGCGCAAGUUGCGAGUUGAGUACAAGAAGAUGCUGCCAGAGCAUGAGCGGGAGCGCAUCGAGCGGGAGAAGCGCCAGAAGCGUGGUCAGCUCGAGGAACAGCAUCGCCCGAUGCCUACCCUCCAGCACCAGGCCUCGCUCCAGUCCCUGCAUAGCCGAGAAAACGAGGCCCCUGCCUCGCGUUCGUCACCAAGCCGUGACUACGACUUGAACGAUCCCGCGACCCUGAACAAUUACAUCAAGAUGCGAACUUACCGGGAAGAUGCGAAUAACACGGAUUACCUCGUCUUCGAUGCUUCCACCGCUCCCGAGGAGCGCCGCGUCAUUCACAUCCUGGCUCAUAAUAUGGGACUGCACCACGGCUCCUACGGUACUGGUGAGAGCCGAUGUGCUGUUGUCUGGAAGGAAAACAUGGGGCCUCCCGACUUGGCUGUCAACUCCAGCCACACACCAGUGUCAGCCGUAGACCAGCUGCAGUACCCGGCCAACAGCAAGAGCUUAGCGCGUGCCGCCACGAUUGACUUUGGCGAGCAGCGGACUUCAAGCACCAAUGGUUACGGCACCGUUGGCCGGCACGGCAACCCAGCGUUAGAGGUUCCCGACAGCAGCCCCGAUGGUCUGAACAAUAUCGCCAACUUGCGGACUAUCAGAAGCAUGGCCGAGCUCGGAAGGCCUGGGCAAAAUCUGCAGGCAAGGACCCCGAGUCCGCGGGAGUCGGGCUACCCAACGUCGUCCCUACGUCUGAACGAGCAUGGUCUGUCCUCGCGACCGGACCUCUCGAGCGCAUUUGGCGGGCUGGCUGCUACACCGACUACUCCCGGAGGCAGCCUCAACCAUCGCGCGUCCGACUUGAGCCUCUCCGGCGUGACCAACAACUUGAGCUCGCUGAGCGUGGCAGAAGGACCUUACGAGGCGAGCCGCCUGCGGGAGAACCCUGGUGCUAUCGGCAGUCAGCGACCCGGUGUGAACGGUCUCAGCGCUCGCAAUGCGCCCGAGCGCCAGCCUCGUGGGCCCGAGACCGGCUGGGAAAACGUGGGGUUCAAUGGUCGUCGGGUCAAUGGACAUGCGCAACGUGGUAGCGACUCGUCCGAGAACUUCCACGGCAGUGGCGCAAGCAGCAGCCUCUACUCCCACUAG